AUGGCCGCCAAAUCGGUUUUGAUUACCGGAUGUAGCGAUGAUGGAAUCGGCUCUGGUCUGGCACUCACUUUCCAAAAGCAAGGCUAUCAGGUCUUCGCGACUGCCCGAAAUCUCGACAAGAUGACCAAGCUGAGUGGCGUGUCGAAUGUCACCUUGCGGAGCCUAAACGUCUUAGUCAAUAACGCCGGUCGCAAUCACUUCAUGCCUUACUUGGACGAAGACGUGGAGCAAGUCAAGGCCCUCUAUGAUAUCAAUGUUUGGGGGCCAUUGCGAGUGACCAAGGCCUUUGCCCCAUUAUUGAUCAAAACGCAAGGCUCAAUCGCUUUCAUCACGUCGAUCUCUGGCUAUCUGAACGUCCCAUUCAUGGGAACAUAUGCCGGCUCGAAACGAGCACUGGAGCUCAUGGCUGACACACUUCGGCUGGAGUUGAUCCCAUUUCAUGUCAAGGUUCUAUGCAUCCCGACUGGUGCGGUUCGCACUCAAGGGCAGACCUAUUUUGGAGAUUUUAAGUUACCCGAUAAUUCUCUGUACAAACCAAUUGAAGAGACAAUUGCGGCACGGGCACAGGGCCAGGACGGCGUCGAGCGAAUGCCCUUGAUGGACUACAGCAGCCAGGUCGCUGCCCAGAUCGAAAAUGGCGCGACAGGCCGCUUUUGGUGUGGGGCCAACGCCGACAGGACAAAAGCUACCAUUAGCGGUGAUUCCAAUGAUAUGAUGGACGACAUCUUCGUCAAAAUCACUCGGCUGGAUUCGUUGUAA